UAACUGAUGGAAUCAUUCAAGGAUAUUGUCGGGAAAUAGAAAAGAGAAAGAAAAUGUGUGAUCUUGUCCAUACAUUAGAAAUAAUAACAAUUAUUACUCUUAUUCUGAGGUAGAAAAAAAUGGUAAAUUUUCAGAUAAAUUGCCUUACAGUGUUUAGUUUCGUCGUUCUUAGUUCAAAUCCUGUCACGGUCGACUGUGCUCUUCACCCUGCAAAGUGGAUAAAACAAGCAGCAGUUGUGCAUUGCAGAUAAUUAUUUCGAACCACUACACUUAUACCUGGUAAAUUUGUAGCGUUGCGUAAUAAUUUAUUAUUAAAUCUUUCAUCGUGGAGGUGCAAUGGCCCAGUGGUCAGGGCAGCGGACUCGCGGUUUCGAUUCCCAGACCGGGCGUUGUGAGUGUUUAUUGAGUGAAAACACCUAAAAGCUCCACGACGCUCCGGCAGGGGAUGGUGGCGAACCCUGCUGUACUCUUUCACCACAACUUUCUCUCACUCUUACUUCUUGUUUCUGUUGUGCCUGUAAUUCAAAGGGUCAGCCUUGUCACACUGAAUAUCCCCGAGAACUGCGUUAAGAGUACACGUGUCUGUGGAGUGCUCAGCCACUUGCACGUUAAUUUCACGAGCAGGCUGUUCCGUUGAUCGGAUCAGCUGGAACCCUCGACGUCGUAAGCGACGGAGUGCCAACAACAACAACAAAAAUCCUUCAUCAAUUACAUUUGACAUAUAUUAGCACCGGUAACAUUCAGCGAUGUUUACAGGAAAAGAAUUACCAAUGACACCGGUUCAGCUAAGGUUCCUAAAAGCAGAGUGUUCCAUAUUUCUUUUUAACUUUAUUUAUUUAUGAUCAAGUCAAUAAUUAGUACAAGAUGUAAACUUGUAUCUGUUUCCUCAACGACUUGGACCCAUUAACUUUCCGACAACCCGGUUUCGCAAACCGGAUGUUGUAGUCACGUGUUUAACAGAUUUGACCCCUGCAUGGCGAACUUGGUGUCCUAGCAAUGUCGUCUACAAUACUAAGUCUCAAAUCUUUGAGUAAACUUGCAGCAUGCUGUCAUCUAAAACAAACGGUCAUGGUUAUCUCCAGCUGUCAGGUGGUAACACAAACAAAGGAGAAGUCACGUGAUGUCCAGAAAAUUGUGAUACCCAAGCGAAUAAAAAGAGGUCCCACUGAUAUUCUGGAAGCCUUGUCACAAACAGUUGGAAAGGAUUAUACAGCUCCGGCAUACCGCUAUAUAGAUGAUCCUUAUCUUAUCCCCACCAGUACCUAUGCCAAAAGCUUCAUGCCUCACGUAGAAAAGGGUUUCGAUAAAGCUCCAGCAAACGAGUCAACUUUGUUGGAAUGUGUGAAGCUACGUAAAGUUACCAGUGCCAUGUCAGUCUACGGCAAAAUUCUUGAUGAAGGAGCAACAGUCUCUUCAGAUGCAUUUCAACAACUUCUUGACCUGCUCUGUAUAUACAACUGCCAAAAUGUAGAUGUGCCCUCGACUCCUGAAGAAUAUUUUUAUCAGCGUGAUCUUGAUUCCUCCAGGAAUCAAAAAUCAAUCAAGAAUACAUGGAAACUGGAUGGAAUGGCAGAAAAGAUAUUCAAUGACAUGAAGGAAAAAACACCUGAAGCAUAUUGUUCUUUAAUUCAAGGUGCUGCAAAGGUGAUUGUAAAGUUAAUUUUCUCCGUUUUCCCAGAAUACUCUUCAGAGUUCGAUUUAUUGUUUUGGGUGCAUAAAGUGCAAGAAGAGUCUUGUGUGAGUUUAUCAGCUUAUAACAGCCUUCUGCAUGUAGCUGUGUAUUAUGGUGAUACAUACCCCAUGAAAUGGAAUCUCAUUCUUAACCUUUUAAAAGACAUGAAAUCUUUGAAUUUACAACCAACCUUAGCGACUUUCAAUGCAGUUCUCAACAGCCUUUCAAGAAUGACUCGCUUUGGCAAAUGCCGAACAAUUGCACACGAUGUUCUGACUGAAAUGAAGAACUGUGGCAUUGAACCUAGUUUGGCAAGCUGGAGUAUGUUUAUAAACAUCAUCUAUUUCAAUGACAAUGUGGAGUCCCGGGUGAUUUAUGAAAUCAUGGACUACCUGAAGGACAAGGAAAUGACACUGCAACAUCCAGCUGAUAUUCAUUUUUUCUGCUUUAUCCAAAUUAAAGACUUGCAAUUGGCCUACAAAAUCGAUGAAUUCCUUCACAGUGGUUCUAACUACAAAUUCCUUGGUGAUGCCUUCAAGGAAGGAAUCUAUUAUUCGUUCUUUUUCCGCCUAAUUUGUCAAUUUGAGACUCUGGAGAAAAUCAUGUACUACUAUGACUUGUUCACCCCAAACAUGUGGACACCAAACACUUUGGCACUGUCUGAUCUCUUGAACGCAAUUAAACUUCAUGAUGGCCAAGAACAUCUUCCUCGAAUAUGGUCUGACCUGGUUAUGUUCCAGUUCACACGAGGAGAAGAAACUGGAACAAUAUUUAAGUUAAUGGCUGAAGAGAACCGGCCUGAGCUCCUCUCACAGUUUGCUGAGGUUGCAGUGAAAAUUAUUGAGAGAUGGACAGAAGAAAACGAUGCAAACAUAAAAGAAUUUAUUUUAUUAACAGGCGAACUCCUUGGAAAUAUGAUGGUAAUUGUUAUGAAAGCUGAUCGUUUUAGUGAAGCCUGGAAGAUGUUCGAACUGUAUGAGAAACAUUCUUCAAAACUUUCUAAUGUGCCCAGUGAGAGUGCCAUGUCGAUGCUGUUGGAUGGUUGCCUGAAUGAAAAGCACACUAAAAAUGUGUUGAUAAUACAGUGGGAUUGGAAAGAGAUUUUGGUGGUUAUUUCUAGCAGGUCGAGCAACUACUUAGAGUCUACUUUGUUGGUUUGGCUUUACACAGUAGUAGUUAAUAAUAAUGUUGAUGGUACAUUCUGGAUAUGUGCUCCAGCUCGGGGAAGAAAACAGAUGGAGAGUAACAAGAAACCUUUAACAGAUGUAGUGUAA